AUGGGGGAACAGAGCCCCAAUGUCGCUGCAACAGAACAGGCGACUAAGGUCCGCGAAAGAGCAGGCCGGCCUCGAGAUCAGCUGGAAGUCCAAGACACUCCGUUGGAUGGUGAUGAUGAUGAUACCCUCUACCCUUCCGGAAUAAAACUAUGGAUGGCCGUUGUAUCGCUCUGCGUUGUUGGAAUUUUGACCGGCCUGGAUUUGACCAUUGUCGCGACAGCCGUGCCGAGUUUGAGUGACUACUUCAGGGUCAUCGAGGAUAUUGGCUGGUACUCGUCCGGCUUCUCGAUUGUGGCCGCCAGCUUCACGUUCCUUUUCGGCAAGCUGUACAGCCUUCUAUCCGCGAAAAUGCUGUACAUCAUCAGCAUUUGCAUCUUCGAAAUCGGUUCUCUGCUUUGCACUGUUGCUGUCACGUCACCCAUGUUCAUUCUUGGUCGUGCUGUUGCAGGUGUGGGCGCUGCUGGUAUCAUGUCGGGCUCGCCUGUGCUUUUGGCCUACUAUUUCCCCAGGCACAGGCGGCCUCUGUGGACAACGGUGGUGGUGUCAACAAAGAUGACGGGAAUCGUCAGUGCACCAAUCGUUGGCGGCGCCUUAAUCGACUGGCUUGGGUGGAGGGCCUGUUUCGGCAUCAAUCUGCCUCUGGGCGUCCUCGCACUUGUGCUGGUGUCCUUCGUCAAGCAGAAGACUACUUCGAAUAAUAACCCACGCCCAUGGAGAGACGAGCUCAAACGAUUUGACUGGUUUGGCACCAUAUCGUUCAUGCCGGCUGUCACAUGUUUGCUUUUAGCCCUCCAAUGGGGCGGCGUCAGAUAUAGCUGGGCUGAUGCCCGUAUUAUCGUACUUUUCCUCUUAUUUGGAGCACUCCUAGCUGCUUUUGCAUGGCGUCAACACCAGCUUCAAGACGAUGCAACCCUACCACCGCGCAUCAUCCGGAUGAAAACCGUCCUGGCUACAACUUGGUUUGACGCUUGCGCCAACUCCUCCCUAGCUGUCACGGAGUAUUACAUGGCUAUCUACUUUCAAGGUGUCAAGGGGUACAGUCCGACGUACUCUGGCAUCCUUCUCACACCAAUGCUUGUUGGCAUUAUAGUCGGAAACCUUUGCAGCGGGGCGGGAAUCACCCUACUAGGGUAUUAUAACCCGUUCAUGUUUAUGACUACAAUUUUGGCGCCAAUCGCCUCUGGCCUUCUAACGACAUUGAGCUUGGAUGAAAACAACGUCAAGGUACUAUGUCUUCUCGGCUUUCUAGGAUUAGCAAUAGGUUUCGGGCUUCAGGCUCCGCUCGUGGCCUUGCAAACUAUCAUGAAGCGAGAAGAUCUGCCCAUGGCCAUUGCAGCAACCGGCUUCGGAGGCCUCAUCGGCAACGCAGUCUGGAUUGUCGUAUCUACGUCUCUUUUUCAGAGCCGCUUGGCAGCCGAGAUAGCGUUGCGUGUCCCAUCUGUGGACACUGCACAGAUCGAAAAGGCUGGUCUUUCCCAGAUUCGCGACAUUGUUGGAACUGAGCGCCUAGGCGAUGUUCUACUCGGAUACGAUGAGGCGGUCACCCAGACUUUGUACCUGCCCGUGGGACUGACGGCGGCGACCCUUAUUGGAUCUGUCUUUACGGAGUGGCACUCGGUGAAGAAAAAGAAGUCUUAA